AUGACAAAGGGCACAACGAGCAGUUCAAACAAUGGCAAGACAACCAAAGCCAGCGUCUCCUCUGGAUCAGGGGGGGAUCCCGGCAAAGGCAAGACAAUGCUUCUGUGCGGUAUUAUUGACGAAUUGACCCAAUCCAUCGGGGUCAAUGCGAAUAUAUCCUUCUUUUUCUGCCAAUCUACCGAUGUGCGAAUCAAUAAUGCCACGGCUGUCCUCCGUGGCUUGAUUUAUUCACUAGUUGAGAAGCGGCCAUCUCUUCUCUCCCAUGUACGGAGCCGCUACGAUCAAGCGGGGAAGACACUGUUUGAGGAUAUAAAUGCUUGGAAUGCUCUCUCAAAAAUCUUCACCGACAUAUUGAGAGAUUCGACCUUACAGAAUACUUAUUUAGUGAUCGAUGCCCUCGACGAAUGCGCAAUAGACCUCCCUUUCCUUCUGGACUUGAUUGUCCAAGAAUCAUGCACCCACUCGCACGUGAAGUGGAUUGUUUCGAGCCGCAACUGGCCUGAUAUUGAAGAGCAUCUAGAUACUGCAACUCAAAUAGCGCCAAUCUCAUUGGAGUUAAAUGAGGUGUCUGUAUCUGAGGCUGUGAAGAAGUUCAUUCAGCACAAGGUUCAAAAAUUGGUUACAGAUAAAGGGUAUAACGAUAAAAUUCGUGAUAUGGUCUACUAUCACUUAUUAUCACACUCGCAAGGCACUUUUCUAUGGGUGGCCCUGGUCUGUCAGGAUCUUAACAGAACAUCGCGGAGACAUGUCCUCAAGAAGCUUAAGGAUUUACCCCCUGGAUUGAAUGCUUUAUACAGUCGAAUGAUUGAUCAGGUUCGAAAGUCGGAAGAUGCUGAGUUAUGCAAGCAAAUACUGGCUACCAUGUCAAUAGUGUAUCGGCCUAUUACUCUUGACGAAUUGACCGCCCUGGUGAAAAUACCUAAUGAUGUCUCUGGUGACCACAAAGAUUUAUUGGAGAUUAUCGCAAUUUGUGGCUCGUUUCUGACUUUGCGUGAAGAGACCAUUGUUUUCGUACACCAGUCUGCCAAGGAAUUUCUACUUGAAAAGGCGCGAAUCGAAUUAUUCCCAGGAGACAAGGAAGCCGCACAUCUUGCAAUUUUCGCGCGAUCUCUGCAAACGAUAUUCAAGACACUUCGACGUAACAUCCUUGGCGUUGCGAAUCUUGGAACUUCGACUAAGGAAUUCAUACAGCUAAGUCCGAAUCCUUUAGCGGCUGUAAAAUACGCGUGUGAGUAUUGGAUUGAUCACCUUCAGGAAGGUUGGUCUGGUAAAGUUAAGGAUCACAGCCUUAAUAAUGGAGGAUGCGUGGAUCGUUUCCUGCGGCAAAAUUACCUUCACUGGCUCGAAAGUCUUGGGAUUUUGGGUAGCGUGCCACAAGGCAUAAAGGCUAUGCUGAAGCUGGAGGAGUUACUCCAGAAAAGAGGAAAGUCAGAGGCCCUGUUAGACCGAGUUCAAGAUGCGUCCCGCUUCAUUCGAUACUACAGCCAAGGAAUCGAAAGUAGCCCCCUUCAAGUAUACAGCUCAGGGCUUAUCUUUAGCCCAACUCGGUGUAUCACGAGGACAUGUUAUCAGAAAGAGAAAUCAGAUUGGAUUUUGAAUAGCCCCGUGAUAGGUGAGAGCUGGAGUCUAUGUCUUCAAACACUCGAGGGACAUAGUAGUUCGGUCACCUCGAUUGCCUGGUCUCCAAAUGGGAGCCGACUCACAUCAGCGUCGGAUGACAAUACCGUCAAAAUCUGGGAGCCGACUACAGGCCAGUGUACAUUUACACUUGAAGGGCAUGUUAGCCUAGUUAUCUCAAUUACCUGGUCUCCAGAUGGAAGCCGAAUCGCAUCAGCGUCGCAUGAUAACACCGCCAGGAUCUGGGACCCGGUUACCGGCCAGUGCAUAUCUAUCCUCGAGGGGCAUAGUGGCCUGGUCAGAUCGAUAUUUUGGUCCCCAGAAGGAAGCCGAAUCGCAUCAGCAUCGCAUGAUAACACCGCCUGGAUCUGGGACCCGGUUACCGGCCAGUGCAUAUCUAUCCUCGAGGGGCAUGGUAGUUCGGUCACCUCGAUUGCCUGGUCUCCAAAUGGGAGCCGACUCACAUCAGCGUCGGAUGACAAUACCGUCAAAAUCUGGGAUCCGACAACAGGCCAGUGUAUAUUUACAUUUGAAGGGCAUAGUAGCCUAGUUAUCUCAAUUCCUUGGUCUCCAGAUGGAAGCCGACUCGCAUUAGCGUCGCAUGAUAACACCGCCAGGAUCUGGGAUCCAGUUACCGGCCAGUGUAUAUCUAUCCUCGAGGGGCAUAGUCGUGUGGUUAGCUCGAUUGUCUGGUCCCCAGAAGGAAGCCGACUCGCAUCAGCGUCUUAUGAUAAAACCGUCAGGAUCUGGGAUUCAGCUACCGGCCAGUGCACGUCUACGCUCGAGGGACAUAGUCGCUCGGUCAGCUUGAUUGCCUGGUCCCCAGAUGCAAAUCGACUCGCAUCAGUGUCGUAUGAUAACACUAUCAGGAUCUGGGAUUCAGCUACCGGCCAGUGCAUAUAUAUCCUUGAGGGCCAUAGUAGCUUGGUCAGCUCGAUUGUCUGGUCCCCAGAAGGAAGCCGACUCGCAUCAGCGUCUUAUGAUAAAACCGUCAGGAUCUGGGAUUCGGCUUCCAGUCAGUACACAUCCACCCUUCAGGAGUAUAGCAGUCGGGUCAUAUCUAUUGUUUGGUCCCCAGAUGGAAGCCAACUCGCAUCAGCGUCGGAUGAUAAUAUCGUCAGGACCUGGGAUCCAGCCACCGGCCAGUGCACAAUUACACUCAAGGGGCAUAGUAGUUCGGUCACCUCGAUUGUCUGGUCCCCAGAAGGAAGCCGACUCACAUCAGCGUCGGGUGAUAAUACCGUCAAAAUCUGGGAUCCGACCACAGGCAAGUGCAUAUUUACACUCGAAGGGCAUAGUAGCCUAGUUAUCUCAACUACUUGGUCUCCAGAUGGAAGCCGACUCGCAUCAGCGUCGCAUGAUAACACCGCCAGGAUCUGGGACCCGGCUACCGGCCAGUGUAUAUCUAUCCUCCAGGGACAUAGUAACUGGGUUAUCUCGAUUACCUGGUCUCCAGAUAGAAGCCGACUGGCAUCAGCGUCACAUGAUAAUACCGCCAGGAUCUGGGACCCGACUACCGGCCAGUGCAUAUCUAUCCUCGAGGGCCAUAGUAACUGGGUUAUCUCGAUUGCCUGGUCCCCGGAUGGAAGCCGACUGGCAUCAGCUUCGGGUGACAAUACCGUCAAAAUCUGGGACCCGACCACCGGCCAGUGCACGUCUACGCUCGAGGGACAUAGUAGCUCGGUCACCUCGAUUGCCUGGUCCCCAGAUGGAAGCCGACACGCAUCAGCGUCGGAUGAUAACACUGUCAGGAUCUGGGAUUCGGCUACCGGCCAGUGCACAUUCACUUUUAAUGUUUGUGCAUUCAACUUUAAUGAUAAUUUCCCCCGUCAAUCCGUCCAGUUCAAUAGAACAAUGCCCAACCAUCUUCACACAAACGUCGGCACAUUCAAUCUAGGAUCUCCCGACCCUGUUGCGUCUAGCCCCUGUCAUUUUACUUUACCAGGGAAAUAUGGAUAUGGCUUAGGCGAUGGUGCUUCAUGGAUAACCUAUAACGGAUUUAACCUGUUGUGGCUGCCUGCGGAGUAUCGACCGUCCAAACCCUCCUUAUUUGCUAUAUCUGAAACAACGGUGGCGAUUGGCUGCUCAUCGGGUCGUGUCAUAUUCCUCGCACUCUCAGAGUGA